AUGACUGAAAUCGAGCUCGGGAUCACCGCAGACAUGCACGUCCAUCUUCGUGAUGGGAAAAUGAUGGAACUUAUCACUCCUACAGUCAGAGAAGGGGGUGUUUCUGUGGCGUAUGUGAUGCCCAAUUUGGUUCCUCCCAUUGUGACUUUGGACCGAGUAGUUGACUAUAAGAAGAAACUUCAAGAACUCGCACCCAAAACAACAUUCUUGAUGAGUUUCUAUUUGUCCAAGGACUUGACUCCAGAGCUCAUUCACACUGCUGCUAAGCAGGGCGCAAUUCAUGGUGUAAAAUGCUAUCCCGCUGGUGUGACUACUAAUUCUGCUGCUGGAGUUGAUCCAAACGACUUCAGUUCGUUCUACCCUAUUUUCAAGGCACUAGAGGAGAACAAUUUGGUUCUCAAUCUCCAUGGAGAACGCCCUCCAGCUAAAGGUGAGGAUAUUCAUGUCCUUAAUGCCGAACCUUUGUUCCUACCAGCCUUGGUGAAGUUGUCGCAAGAUUUCCCCAACUUAAAAAUCAUUUUGGAGCACUGUACAACAAAGAAAGCAGUUGAUACAAUCAGACAAAUCCAUAAAGAAAACCCAGCCUCCAAGGUUGCCGCUACUAUUACCGCGCACCAUCUUUCUCUUACCAUUGAUUCAUGGGCGGGAAACCCAAUUAACUUUUGCAAGCCAGUAGCAAAACUACCGGAAGACAUGAGGGCUUUGGUCAGCGCGGCCACUGAAGGAGAACGCUACUUCUUUUUCGGUUCUGACUCGGCUCCUCAUCCAUUGGAAAGCAAGGCGAAACAUGUGGGGGUUUGUGCAGGAGUCUACACUCAGUCCCAUGCAAUUGCUUACCUCGCGGAAAUUUUUGAUGCGGCAGGCAAAUUGGAAAAUCUCGUGAAGUUUGUCAGUGAGCAUGGCAGGGACUACUACGGAAUAUCUGAAGAGGAUGUUGUCUGCAAGGACCGUGCCUUUUUAGUCCAGAGAGAAAAUGUUGUUCCAGAAAUUAUUGGCAAUGAUACUUUGAAAGUUGUCCCUUUUAGGGCAGGUGACAAACUCAAGUACAUGGUAGAAUGGAGAUAG